UGCCUGAUAUUUACUGAGGCUGAGAUGCUGAGCUGUGAAGUCUGCGCCAGUACCGCUCCAGUCCUGCAGCCGCCGGCACCCCGACACUUCCAGGCUACCAGCCCCAUUCCACUACAGCCAUGGACAUCGUCUCACAGGUUCUCAAUUUUGGUGCAGGACCAGCCAAGCUGCCGCCACCUGUUUUGCUUGAAGCUCAGAAAGAACUGGUUGACUAUAAAGGACUUGGCAUAAGUGUCCUUGAAAUGAGCCACAGAUCAUCCGAUUUUACAAAGAUUUUAAAUGGUACAGAAAUUACCAUGAGAGAAUUACUAAAUAUUCCAGACAAUUAUAAGGUGCUUUUCCUUCAAGGAGGUGGAAGUGGACAGUUUAGUGGCGUGGCUCUUAAUCUUAUUGGUCUGAAAGAAGCCAGGUGUGCAGACUACAUAGUUACAGGUGCCUGGUCAGCAAAAGCUGCUAAGGAAGCCGAGAAAUAUGGAAAAGUCAACGUUGUCCACCCAAAGCUUGCAAGUUACACAGGAAUCCCAGAUUCAAGCAGCUGGAAUCUUAACCCAGAAGCGUCCUAUGUUUACUACUGUGCCAAUGAAACCGUACACGGUGUGGAGUUUCAGGAAAUUCCUGAUGUGAAGGGAGCACUACUAGUUUGUGAUAUGUCUUCAAACUUCCUGUCCAGACCAAUUGAUAUUUCCAAGUUUGGACUUAUUUUUGCCGGAGCUCAAAAGAAUGUUGGCUGUGCCGGGGUGACAGUGGUAAUAGUGAGAGAAGAUUUAUUGGGUUUUUCAUUGAAAGAAUGCCCUACCAUCCUAGAUUACAAAAUCCAGGCAGGAAAUGCUUCUCUGUAUAACACCCCUCCAUGUUUCAGCAUCUACAUAAUGGGAUUGGUGCUGGAAUGGAUUAAGAAUAACGGAGGCGCAGCGUGUAUGGAGAAGCUGAGCAUCAUCAAAUCCGAAAUGAUUUACAAUGUUAUAGAUCAAUCCAAUGGAUUGUUUGUGUGUCCUGUAGAGAAAGAAGGCAGGAGCAGAAUGAAUAUCCCUUUCCGUAUCGGAAGUAUUAAGGGUGACAGUGCCUUAGAGAGAGAAUUUCUUGACAAAGCUGCAGCACUUGGAAUGAUGUCUCUGAAAGGACACAGAUCUGUAGGAGGAAUCCGAGCUUCUCUCUACAAUGCCGUCACUGUGGAUGAUGUUGAAAAACUAGCAGAUUUCAUGAGACACUUCAAGGAGACUCACCAGUGAGGAACAGAGCAGCAAAACGUCUUUACAUCCUCAUUACGUCUGUAUAAAAUAUGGCACCCAACAAAUAAGCUAUUUUCAUAGUGUAUAGAUGAUUUGUAAACUACGGUAGUCACUUUCUUUUGUACGAAGAGGACAACCCAAUAGUAUCUGCCCUCUCUCCCUUCAUUGCUCUCAGUGGUGAUGAGGUUGUCACAGAAUUCCACAACACUUUCUUCCGUUAUUUGGGUCUCGUUGCUCUUACUUUAUUUGAUCUUGCCUGUAAAAAGAGGUCAGUGUAUUGUCCUGAGACAAUUUAUGUGCCUGCAUAUUUUUAUGCAAAGAGAAUAAAAUGUUUUGUGGUA